GUGGGCAGCGGCCAUGGCGGGCGAGCCGCCUCCGCUGGAGGAGCGCCGACGGCUGCGGGAAGAGCUGAGCGAGUUCGUGGAGAGCUGCUGCCGGACGCUGGAGGAGGUGACGGCGUCGCUGGGCUGGAGCCUGGAGCAGCUGGAUGGCGGGGAGGCGGCGGCGGAGGAUGACAUUGUGAUAUGUCCUUAUGAUUUGAAUCAUCAUAUGCCCAGGUCAUCGUUAGCAAAGCACAUGGAAUCUUGCAGAUUGAGAAAACUGGGCUAUACCAAGGAAGAAGAGGAAGAAAUGUAUAAUCCUGAGUUUUUCUAUGAGAAUGUGAAGGUACCUUCAGUUACUUUGAAUAAGGACUCACAAUUCCACAUAAUUAAACAAGCUAGAACUGCAAUUGGAAAAGAUGGUGAUUAUAACCAAAGGAUUUACUCUUCGUCGCCUGCUGAAGUUCCUCUGAAUCACAAACGGUCUGUUUGUGAUCUGACCCAAGCCGACCGCCUUGCCCUCUACGAUUAUGUAGUUGAGGAGACAAAGAAGAAGCGCUCCGAUUCUCAGAUCCUUGAGAAUGACAGUGAUCUCUUUGUAGACUUGGCUGCCAAAGUCAAUCAAGAUAAUAGUCGAAAAAGUCCAAAAUCUUACCUUGAAAUCCUGGCAGAAGUGAGAGAUUAUAAGAGAAGACGACAGUCCUACAGAGCUAAGAAUGUUCACAUAACCAAGAAAUCAUACACUGAGGUGAUUCGGGAUGUGAUAAAUGUGCACAUGGAAGAACUCAGUAAUCACUGGCAAGAAGAGCAGGAAAAAGCGGAGGAUGGGGCUGAAAAGAAGGAAGAGAGGCGAUCCGCUUCGGUAGAUUCUCGACAGUCUGGUGGAAGCUACUUUGACGCGGAGUGUUCUCGGCAUCGACGGGGUCGGAGCAGGAGCCCACAUAAGAGAAAAAGAAACAAAGACAAAGACAAAAGCAGUGAGUCAAGAAGAAGGAAAGAGAGGGAUGGGGAAAGACAUCAUAGUCAUAAAAGAAGAAAGCAGAAAAUAUGAGUGCAGUAUUCGUGCAUGUUUUAACUAUGCUGUGUCAUGAUAACCAGUAUGCUGAUAUUUAAUUGGAACUGCUUUGCAUUGGAGAAUGUGUUUAUAUGAUUGGUUUGGUGCUCAUUAUUUUUCAAUAAAUACAUGUGCUUCA